AUGGCCACAAAUUAUGAUGCACUGGGUAGUCAGACCAGAAAUUCACCGUACGGCUCUGGAGACCCAUACUACAACGAGUCGUCAGGGUAUAUCACACCCGCUCACUCACCCAAGAAGACAAUCAGUAAAUGGGUGAAGUUCGGCGUACCCGUCGCUGUUGUCGUUAUUGCUGGUGCAGUUUUGGGUGGCGUUUUAGGCAGUCGCUCGAGCAAGAACACUUCGGCUUCCAACUCGGCGGCGGCUAGCGCUGCUGCUACCUCAGCCAUCGGUGCAAAAAAUGAUAUCGGUCUUUUCGCUACAGCAACAGACAGCCAGUACUUAGUACCCAUAUACCCAAUGACUACCAACACUGCCGCAUUCACUACUCCUACAUUCGUCUCCACCACCGACACUAAUCUUGCCUGGCCGCAAGAUCCUUUCCAACCAUCUAACCCCAGCCCAACCCAAGUUCGUUCUGACAGGCCUCGCCUCAUCGCUCCUACAUACAUGUGGGAUUCCCUUCCCAACCUCAUCAAAAAUGAUCCCUAUCUUUCCAAUUGGAAUAACACCAUAUUCGGCAAUGCAACACAAUACAUGGCCCUGCCUCCCGUCGUGUAUUUCUUGGAUGGUGGUAAUGGCAUUUUGGACCCUGCUCGUGAGAUCAAACAACGUGUUAAAGCGUUCUCCUACGCAUACCGCUUAACCAAUGACACGAAGUGGUUGGAUCGCACCUACGUCGAGUUGCAGAAUGCAGCUGGUAAUCUGACUGGCGGUUGGGGCCCUGAUAAUUCCACGAAAUGGAACCCAACUCACUUCCUCGACACUGCUGAGCUCACUGCAGCCUAUGCUAUCGCUUAUGACUGGCUGUAUAACGCGUGGACACCUGCUCAGAGAAGCUCGAUCAUGGCCACUAUGAUCACGUACGGCCUCAGUAACGGGGUUAUCGCUUACAGUAACAACGACCCGGGCGCUUAUGGCUGGUGGCACACUAACACAGAGGGCAACUGGAACUGUGUUUGUAACAAUGGUCUUACCAUGGGUGCACUUGCUAUCCUCGGUGAUGACACCACGGGUAUUGCUGCACAGCUUCUUGCUUUGACCAUCCCCGAUGCCCUCCAGAACUGUGCUUUUGCGCCUUCGGGCGACGGCACAUGGUCUGAGACUGCCAACUACUGGUACUUCGGUACUACGGCUCACGCCGAGAUGGCAUCUUCGUUGUUGACUGCUACUGGUUCUUCAUACGAUCUUCUGUCCGUCAAUCCGGACUUCCAGUUGACCGGCCAAUACCAUAUGUAUGUGUCCGGCCCCGGCUCCCUCUUCAACUACGGCGACUGUGGUCCAAACAAGUAUUCUACCACUGCCAAUGCCAUGAUGUUCUACGGCCAGCAGUAUAACAUGCCGCAGUACCAGCUUUUCCAACGUGAUCAGUUCGACGCUGCUGAACCAUGGAGCAUGUUCUGGUACAACCCUGCUGUCACCGGUGCUUUCUGGGAUGGUCUAGCACUCGACCACUUCUUUGAUAACAGCACUGAUCAAUGGGGCUCUAUGCGAUCUAGCUGGACAGACGAGAACGCUCUUUAUGUUGCCGUUAAAGCGGGCACGCUGCAGGGGCACCAGACGCACAACGACCUUGAUUGCGGCGACUUCGUCGUCGAUGCUCUUGGUGUUCGUUGGUUUGGAGAGCUUGGAUCUGGGGACUACAAUUCAAUAGGCUACUUCAGCAAUGACUCUCAGAUCAGUCAGCGAUGGUUGUACUACCGCAAAAUGACGGAGGGCCAGAACACCAUCUUGGUCAACCAGCAGAACCAAGAUGUUACCGCUGCACCGACUGUCACGUAUGACACCUCGGGUACAGUGCAAGGGUCCAGUACUGUGAUGAAUGUUCCUAGUAACUCCAGUGCCUACUUCAUUGCGGACCUGUCGAGUGCAUAUUUCGACGUUACUUCGUUCUCCCGCGGUGUUCACUUGAUCAACGGACGCAAGCAGGUACUCAUCCAGGAUGAGAUCAAUGCUUCGGCCCCCGUUAUGUGGCGAGCUCACACCAAUGCAACUAUUUCCAUCAGUUCAGACGGCUUCACGGCCACACUUACCAUCGGUUCUGCGACCACCACUGUUCAGCUGCUUAAUCCUCCAUCUGGCGCAGCGUUCACCACUAUGAGUGCUGUUCGGUUCGCUUCUGAUCCUACCCCCCCACAACCUGAUCAGCCUAAUGAUGGUGUGACUGUCCUGGUGAUCAGUCUGCCUGCUGGCUCGUACACGUUGGAGGUGCUCAUUAACCCACAAUGGCCAGGAAUGUCAUCGAGUUCAUACACUACUCCUGGCUCUGUGGCUCUGAGCCAAUGGUCGUUGACAAGCCCUUCUUAG